AUGGUGGAGAUAAGAAUCGCUCAGACUUCUUCUACUGUCGAUGCAGCAAAGCCGGUGGAGCCUCCUUUAUUAAGGGGGCCCCUAGAGCAGCCUCGGCUGUCGGAUGGUUCUGCUGCUGCUGCUGCUGCUGCUGUUGCUGCGCUGCAGGGGCGUCUUCAGGGUCCCAUGCCUGGCGCUCCCAUCACAGCAGCACAGCAACAGCAGCAGCAGCAGCAGCAGCAACAAAAGCAGCAGCAACAGCAGCAGCAGCAACAACUACCCUGCUGCCGCCGCAGCAGCAAUACUGCUACCAGCACAGCAGAACGGCUUGUUGACCGCUCUAUGGAGUUGGGGGGCCUCGGGAGGGGUAUUUGCUGCAUCUCUGCAGUUACGAACAGCAACAGCAGCAACAGCAGCAGCAGCAUCAGCAGCAGAAGUGCUGCAACUAAGCGCCGCAUUGGCGGGGAGACCGAAGGCGCGUGCAGUUUGUCUCAAAUUAAGGCAUCAUCAUCAUCAUCAGCAGCAGCAGCAGCAGCAGCAGCAGCAGCAGGUGGUGCUGCUGCUGCAACAACAGCAGCACACGGAGGCGUCUCUGCGUGUGCUGCUUCCUCCUCCACUGCAGCAGCAGUCCCCACUACAUCAGCAGCAGCAGCAGCACCAGAAACAUCAGCAACAGCAACAGCAACAGCAGGAACAGCAGCAGCAGCAGCAGCAGCAGCAGGAAGAGAAGAAGGUCAAGGGGUGUGUGGGGUGUUGGCGUUUGGUGUAAAUUUCUUCGCUUCGCGAUAUCUCUUCGAUUUGUCUACCUAUGAAGGCGCAGUGAACAUGUUCUGGCUGGUCUUUGGAACGAGCGCGGGUACAUCGUGCAUCUCAGCGUUUUUGCUGCUGCUGCUGCUGCAGCAGUCAUGGGCUCGUCAAGGUUUGCAGCGGUACUGGGAGGCGAAGCGAGGGCGUUCUGCUGCUGCAGCAGCAGCAGCUGCAGCAGCAGCAGCAGCAGCAGAGGAGAAUUGUUGCGGCACCCGCUGCGGUGUGUGGUCGUUGAGGUGUGCAUGCGGGGGAGCAGCAAAGACAGAGCAGCAGCAGCAGCAGCAGCAGCAGAAGCACGAGAGCCCUUGGCAGCGGUUUGUAAGACGAUGGACAGGAAGAUAUGCUGCUGCAGCAGAAGCAGCAACAGCACUGCGUGCAGCAGGAGACGCCCGAACGCAAGAAUUGGUUGUCAUUAGCAACGGGGCCCCUCGGAGCAGCAGCAGCAGGAGCAGCAGGAAGAGCAGCAGCAGCAGCUUCUGGCGGUUGCAGCAACCUGUUGAGUGGCCAACUGCAGCAGAGACUGUAGCAGGAGCAGCAGCAGCAGCAACAGCAGCAGCACCAGCAGCAACAGGAGAAGCAUCAGGAGGAAGAGCAGGAACAGCAGAACAAGAGCAACAAGUCCUUACCUUUACUAACAUACCAACAGCAGCAGCGCCAACAUCAGCAGUAGCAGCAGCAGCAGCAGCGGCGGCAGCGACGGCAGCAACAGCAGCACCAGCAGCAGCGGCGACGGCAGCAGCAGCAGCAGCACCAGCAGCAGCAGCACCACCGACGGCAGCAGCAACGGCAGCGGCAGAGAAGAUGGCAGCAAGCCAGCAGCAGCAGCAGCAGCAGCUGCAGCAACAGCGGCAGCAGCAGCAGCAGCAGCAGCAGCAACUGCGCAAGGAAGAAGUACUUGGAGACGUUUCAGUUAACUCAGGGGACCCCUGA